AAAAAAGUUAGUCGCUUGAUCAAAAACUUAUAACGGUCUGACUCCUCACAGACAGGCAAGUCUCUCCUGAGAAACGAGUUCGCAACUUUACCCUCCUUUUUACAAGAUGAACACAAUUAUUCUCCAGCUUUUUGCAGUCGGAUUCUGCUUUGCCGUCGUUCAAGCCCUGCAGUGCUACAAAUGCAGCAUCGGCGUAGGGGAUCUGUGCAUAACUUCUAAAACCACAUGUGACGCCGGAGAACAAUGCUACAGUGGUGUGGGACAAGCAGCCGGCUUCAUUGAUGUCAAGAAGAAGGGCUGUCUAGCUGUGGCGCUGUGCAACCGCACCGGAGAAGUGAACUUCCCCGAAACCACCAACACCACCAUCUACACCAUGACCAAGACGUGCUGCAACACUGACCUGUGCAAUGCAGCGCCCGGUCUGCCCGGGACCUCCGGGCUGAGCCUGGCCCUCGCCACCAUCACUGCUCUGUUUGUUGCAAACAUCAUGGUUUGACUGAAAACACAGCGGCUGACACAAAGUACACACACACGCAUGAAACGUAAACUACAUAUUGUACACACCAGCACUACAAGUUUUUGAUUAUAUUCUUAGACGUAAGAUUUUUCUCCACAUGGGUCAUGUGUUUACUAUUCUUAUGGUAUAUUGUACAUCACGCAAACGUUGAUAUCGGUUUGAAUGAGAUUCCCUCUUUUGUGCUUAUAUUCUUAGAUUAAUCGGUAAAUGUCCUCGUCCUCAUUUCAAUAAAAGAGAUAUUAAAAAGUUAGUUUAUAGAAAAUGUAAAGUGUAACACAAAACAACGUGCAAUUAACUUGAGUGAGUCACGUAAAGUUUAGACAAAUCACAGGUUAAGCAUUUAAAUGUGACUACAUUAUUUUUCUAGGUUAAAUAGUGCCAUUAAAGGAAUAGUCCAACAGUCUUAAAGAAUAUGAAUAAUCACGUUUCACAAAUUGUUGGACUAUAACUUUAUUUUACUUUUGACCAAUUCAUUGUCAUGUCUCAAAUGUAUAGAUUUAAAAGCUUCUAUGAACAUUUCUAUUCACUUCAUUGAUUGCCAUUUGUUGGCUUUAUUAAUGUGUAGCUAACAUAAUGUAAAUCAUCUCUUGGCUUAUGGCUGGGUAUGUCUGUGAAAAUAUUUCUUUUUGUUUAGCCGGUUCUUUUAUUUUGACACACGGCUUAAUCAAUUCUGUGUUAAAAAGUUGUGUCAAAUCCACAAUGCACAUUACUCAUCAACUAAAAGAUUAUGUUUAUCUUGCUAGUUUUAAGUGUGUGUGUGUGUGUGUGUGUGUGUGUGUGUGUAUAUAUGGGGAGAAUGUGAUUUUAAAUCUAAUAAUUAGCAGAUAUUAACAUUUAUUCGAGAUUGUUGGCCGGUAUUUAGAAAUCCUCUAUUUAACAGAAAUCAUUAAAGUUGAAUUUCUGAAACAACACUUUUAGUGUAUGUUUGGAAUGUUUUUUGCGAAAUUGGUUAUGUACAAAAAUUGAAGAUUUGCAAUAAAUAUCCGAACUGGGGGAAAAAACAA